AUGAUGAAAGAGUGGAUGCAGUUUAUCUUAAAACCAUAUGCCAAAUAUGUGAUUGAAGAAAAUGAACUUCUGGAUGAUCAAAAGUCAAUUCUCCUCCUUGAUUGCUACCCAGUGAAGGCGAGGAAUUUGGAUGUGAUGAUGGGGGAAACUAAUGACAAGAACUCUUCAGAGCUCCUCUGGACAUGA